AUGCAUCGGUCCUCUGUCCACCCUGCCCAUACCCCUCCCCUCAGCUGGAGUGUGCCCCAGGCUGGAGAACUGCAAUGCUGUAUGCUGCCACUGUGGAAUGGGGAACAGGGGGGCUCUGUGGGGAGCACCCCUGCUCCCUCCAGGCAGGAGGGAGCUGAGACCCAGCAGCUCAGCUCACUGGCCAGGGUUGGGGUGGCUUUGCCUGCAGGGUUUCCAGAGGCUGUAUGCCCCAGGGAGGAGGAAGAGGAAUACAGGAGACCUGUUACUUUCACGCUGGGAAAUGAAAUACUGGGACUGGGCCCAGGCCUGGAGGCUGAGCUUCAGACCCCUGAUGCCGAGGUCUAUAUGCACUUCUUGAGGAGCCACUGCUGUUAUGAUGCCAUCCCCACCAGCUGCAAACUCGUUGUCUUUGACAUCUCCCUAGAGAUCAAGAAAGCCUUUGUGGCACUGGUGGCCAACGGGGUGCGUGCUGCCCCUCUCUGGGACAGCAAGACACARAGCUUUGUGGGUGAGUGCCAGCAGCGAUGCCUGGCCCCCUGCCCUGCCUGGCAGAGAGGGUGCCAGCAGUGCUGCCAGCCACGUAUCUCCACAGGGAUGCUCACCAUCACCGACUUCAUCAACAUCCUCCACCGCUACUACCGCUCGCCUCUGGUUCAGAUCUACGAGGUGGAGGAGCACAAGAUUGAGACCUGGAGAGAGGUGUACCUGCAGGGCUCCUUCAAGCCACUGGUCUCCAUCUCUCCGAGCAAUAGCCUCUUCGAUGCUGUCUACUCCCUGAUCAAGCACAAAAUCCAUCGCCUGCCUGUCAUCGAGCCUAUCUCAGGCAAUGUCCUGCACAUCCUGACGCACAAGCGCAUCCUCAAGUUUCUCCACAUCUUUGGUUCUACCAUUCCCAAGCCACGCUUCCUGAAGAAAACAGUGCAGGAACUGUGCAUCGGCACCUUCCGUGAUGUGGCCGUCGUGCCUGAGACUGCCCCAGUCUACACCGCCUUGGAGAUUUUUGUGGAUCGCCGUGUCUCCGCCUUGCCUGUCAUCAAUGAUGCUGGGCAAGUGGUUGGGUUGUACUCCCGGUUCGAUGUCAUUCACCUGGCAGCCCAGAAGACCUACAACAACCUGGACAUCAGCGUGAGGGAGGCCCUGCGUCAACGCAGCAUCUGCCUGGAAGGGGUGCUCACCUGCUCCCCCGAUGAACCUAUGGAGGACAUAAUCGACCGCAUUGCCAAGGAGCAGGUCCAUCGCCUGGUUCUGGUGGAUGAGAACCGGUACCCGCGGGGCAUCGUCUCCCUCUCUGACAUCCUGCAGGCCCUUGUGCUCACUCCCGCAGGUAUCGAUGCUCUUAACUCUUAGCCCACGACGCUCCAUCUUUCUCCACUUGCACCCUCAAUUUCUCUCCACUUCAGGUAGGCGCCGCCCUUCCCAUUGCUGUGCGCCGCCGUUCCCCGCCCUGCUGCUGGGUCAUUUGCACCUUGUUACCUCCCUGCUCUGCCCCAUCCGGAGCGGCUCUGGGGGUUGGAGGAGGCUGGGGCUGUGGUCUGCCAGGKGGGAACAGCAGGAUGCAGAUGCUGCUGCCCAGGGCACAUAAGGAUCACCCUAGUGACUGUGAGGAAGGAGGGGGGCACCUUCCAUGGGGACACUCUACCAGACCCCCAUUUGGGCAGUGGGUUUUCGCAGGUCCCUGGCUUUGGGCUGGAUGAGGGUUUUGGGUGCACUCCAAGACAAAAGCCUAUUUUUGAUCUCUCCUCAAUACCUCCCCUGAGGCCYGAGCACCUCCAGUGCCAUUCCCAAGGGACACAGAGGGGACAGAUCCCCACUCGAACACCCCAGACCUGCUUUCCACCACUAGCUAGAUGUGAAGUGUGGCCAACCCAUGGGCCACAGCUGGCAGAGCCCCCCACGCCCUCCACUUGCAGCCCCAAAACUGCCUGCUCCAGGGACAGGGCUCACUCCCAGGUGGCACUGGAACCAUCCUGCCUGGCCACCUGCAGCUGGCUUUGCUCACCCASUGCCUGGUGAGUCCUCGCUGGCUGUGGGUGAGCAUGGUGUGACCACCCACUGUGACACCUCUUUAGGGGUGAAAUGAGGAGGGGGGAGCUGGCCCCACUUCCCAGCUGCUUCCCAAAGGUAAUUAUGCUUUUUGGAGUGGUGGUAGGGAAUGGGUUGGAACAGGCCUGUGCCCAUCAGUUUCCCAGCAGUGCCCAGCUGCUCUGCACAGAAGGGGACUGGGAGUGGUGUGUGUCAGCCAUACAUGAGCUAUCCCCCUUGCCCCCCCUCCCCCCAUUUCCACAUCACAGUGCCUUUGCUCACCCCAUCCCUAGUGCCCACAAGGGUGGCUGUGUCAGGAGCUGCAGGGGGCCACUGAGAGGACCCUCUCCAGCCAAGCUGCCCUCUCUCCUAUCCCAGGGCUUGCAUACAAGCAAGGAAGGAGGAAAGACCCCACUGUCCACUGGGAUGGGCUGGGAGGCCAUGUGACAGGGURCCCAGUCCAGCACUGAUUUGGGGUUAUGGCCUCGCACGCUCUCUUGCCCACAGGCAUCGAUCGAUCCUCACUCUGAAGACACCAUGGAAGUGCCGCUGUCUUGUCUGACUCGGGGAUCUCUUGCAUGACCUGUGAGAAGGAGGCUUGGGCCUGAAGGCUCUGUGCGGGGAGGACAUGACUGUUCACCCCAGUCCUAGGGCUCGUCUUGAGUCCAGGGCAGAUCCUGCCAGUCUCGGGGAGGCAGAAACGUGGAAAAUGGGACCCAGGGGUGCCUCCUGCCAGUGAGCACACAGUGAUGCUCAGUGGGCACCGUGCUGGAGGAGCUGUGACAUGCUUGCAGCUGGGCACAGAGACCCAUAGGACCUGGCCACCCUGCUGCCAUCCUGCUGCUGGAUUCAAGCACUUCUAUUCCUUCCUCAUAGGGAACACAGCCCCACUGUCUGUGCCCGGUGCCUGGUAACACAGGCUCAGCUGCACACACAGCCUUGUUUUGUUGUAGGGUCACACAGGGUUGGAGCUCUCUGGCAGAGGCACAAUCUGUGCCAAAGCUGACACCAGGAUGGGCACUUUCAUGGAGACCCUGUGCACGUUUUGGGGUGGGCAGGGGSUAUUUAUUUAUUUGUUGGUCUGUUCAGCCUUGCUGUAACAAAGCAGCCUGAUCCAAGAACUGCCUCUUGCCUUUCUGGGGUAAAGCUGGGCAUGACUCCUCUGGAGAGAAUGAGGAUGGGGAAGAGGUGCUGGCUGCUUGCCAGCAAGUGUGGCACUGACACAGAGUGGCCCUUCUGCUCAUGUGGGUAGAGCUAAGGUGACARGGACACAUGCAUGCAGUUUUAAUCAUCAUGACGGUGUGCAGGUUCCUUCGGGGACACCCUGAGGACACCAGCCUUAGUAGCAGCAAGGUUUCUGCCUACAAUCAGGAAGGUGUGAGGGGAUAACUGUCAAGUAUGUCCAAUGCCCCAGCCCUCAAGGAUCCUGGGCAGGUGACA